CCUGUGGCCCCGCGGGCUGGAUCCCGGCAUGGUGCUCUCUGAGCUGGCUGCGCGCCUCAACUGCGCCGAGUACAAGAACUGGGUGAAGGCAGGCCACUGCCUGCUACUGCUACGCGGCUGCUUGCAGGGCUUCAUCGGCCGCGAGGUGCUCGCCUUCCACCGCAGCCUGCUCGCCGCCGCCCCCGGCCUGGGCCCCCUCGCCGCCUGCCGCAGCGGCUCGCGGUGCAGCCCGCGCGCCCGCCAGUUUCAGCCUCAGUGUCAGGUGUGCGCAGAGUGGAAACGGGAGAUUUUGAAACAUCACACCAGCAGAAAUGGAGACGUCCACUGGGGAAACUGCCGGCCGGUCCGCUGGCCGGUCGACGCCUGGGAGGUGGCCAAGCCCCAUAUAGAUAGAUGUCUCCUAGGGUUGGAGGAGACUCGGGUGCCCUUUGGGCCUCCCCUGCUGCAGGCCUUCAUGCCCCGAGGACUGGCAGACAAAACAGGACCCGAGGAAUGUGACGCGGUUGCUCUUCUAAGUCUCAUCAACUCCUGUGAUCACUUCGAGGUUGAUCGAAAGAAAGUCACAGAGGUGAUUAAGUGUCGUAACGAGAUCAUGCACUCUUCAGAGAUGAAAGUGUCUUCUGUGUGGCUUCGAGAUUUUCAGAUAAAGAUCCAAAAUUUUCUGAAUGAAUUUAAGGAUAUCCCAGAGAUUGUGGCGGUAUACUCCCGAAUAGAACAGCUGUUGACAUCUGACUGGGCUGUUUACAUCCCUGAGGAAGAUCAGGCAGAUGGGUGUGACUAUGAAACAGGAGUUUACCUGAGUGAGCACCAAGUAACCGAGAUAGAAAUGGAAUUACUAAAGGAAAAACUUCAAGAGCUAUAUCUUCAAGCAAAAGGACAAGAGGUGUUGCCUGAAGAGGUCUUAAAUCAACUGGAAGUGGUGAAAGAAUUUCUGAGAAACAACAAGGAUCUUAGAAAUGGUCUUACAGAAGAUAUGCAGAAGCUAGACAGCCUCCACCAACAGCCUCAAAAACUGGAUUCGAAGGAACCUAGGGCACAGACACCUGAAGGGAAGGCCUGAAGUGAGUUUAAGCAUAUGAUGGUUGACCUUCAAGAAAAAUCAGGCAUGUUCUGUGAAAGUCAGCCGGGCUUCCAUCUCAGCCGUCCUUUUCUGUGCAAAAGGGAAAACUUACUCAAGUACUCCACUCAAACAAAAAGGAAUUUGUGUCAUCUUUUCCUGGACUUUCCUUUAACUCUUUGGGAGUAUUUUUUUUUUUUUUUUAACAUUCCUCAGCUUGGUGUUAUGUGAUCUGUACCAGCCAAAAAAUAUUAGAUACUCUUGUGCCAAACUUGCUGUCAUCCGGGCUUUUUUGUUUGUGUUUUGUUUUUGGUUUUGUUUUGCUGUUUAAAAGGUGAGAUUCUUUUCUGGUCCUAAAACUCUUAACUGCUUAAGCACUAAAGGCUGUGUUCGGCCAGGCCUGUGUGAAGGGCCACGCAGAAUUCUCUGCCCACUGGCACGCAAGUCCUGUGCCCACACCCUUGCCUGAAAGUCUCAUUCAUGAGGAUGCACAAGGGUGGGCUGUGAUGUACAUGAUGAGAUAUAAAUCCUUUUUGCCAGCAGGCAAGGAAAAAAUGUGCCCGAAAGGCCAUUUUCUAGCCAUUUCCAGUUAGUACAGAACUGUUGCUAGUCACUUGACUGACAAAAGCGGGGCGAGGGCCCAGGCCAGCAUCACAAGCAGGGAUGUCCGGGAAAGUUCUGAGGUUGCUGGCUUGUUUAUGGCACCCUUAAGAAAAGUCAGCCUUGGUGGCAGCCACACCUCUUCCGGUUCAGUUAUAACCUGAGUGCCGAGCACAAGGCCUGGCCCUUGCGCGCUCAGUGAAUAUUCAUUAACUGAAGGGUCAACUGAUAGCUUAGAGGUAUUCAUAGACGCAAAUGUUAGUUACACUGUUAACUAAGCCUUGUCCUUUGUUAUGAGAUUGAGGAAUGAAAUUUUAAUAUUCUUAUGGAAGUUCAAAGACAUCAUUUUCUUUCAGCAAAUUCACAAAUUCAUUCAUACUUCCUUAUUCCUUUUACCCAAAAAGUCAUACACUUUUGACUUUGUCCUGUUUGUUUCCUAAACUGCAAAACCCCUGUCCCAUUGUAUGCAGUGGUCUGUGGGAUCAGCUCUGCCCUCACCUUCCCCUACCUCUGCUCAUUUCCAAAGCCAGCAGUGCUGAACUGGGCCUUGUCGUCCCUGGACCUUGAGGGACAGAAUUGCCACAUUCCCCACUGCCUGGAGGAAGUGCUUCCAUUUCGAGCCCAGGUGAAGCCCUGCUCCUUUGCUUACUCAGCUGCCCAACAAGGAUGUGAUUUUUAGAGAAUGGGGUGGGGGGGGAUGUAUUUUUACCCUGAAAUGCAUUUAAUGUAGUUCUGUAAAACCUGGAUGAAUGCAAAUAUGUCUGUGACUUCCUGCUUUCAUCUUUCCUGCUACUAUUUGGUCUUUAAUCUUACAUUUUCUUUCUCCCUUCAUUUCAUGGAGUUCCUUUAGAAGACUUCAAUAGUAAAGUAACAAUUUUUUUUCAUCUUGCAACUUCCCGCAAACUAAGAAACUCCAUGAAAUAUUUCCUAGUUUCUAGAUGUAAGAUAACAAAACUUGGGAUCAAAUUAAAUCUUGAUUCACUAACCAAUUUAAGAUCUGAUUUCUCACCUUAGGAACUUUGGAUUAUGAACACUUUCAUUUCAUGCCUCUUGUAUCUAUUUAGCUUUUCCUUAUCUACCCAAGAAACGUUUUAUCAAGUAUCAACCACAUGCCAGGCACUGAAGUUGAUGCAAAUGGAGGAUAUGUAAGGUAUGGACAAUGGUAUGUGAGCUGUCAUCUUACUGGAUUUAUUGUCUGCUCUGAUGAAUUAAAGAUACUGUUCAGGGAAUUCCCUGGCGGUCCAGUGAUUAGGACUCAGCACUGUCACUCAACUGCCGGGACCCGGGUUCGAUCCCUGGUCGGGGAACUAAGCUCCCACAAGGCAGGAGGUGUGGCCAAAAAAAAAAAAAGAAGAUAUUGUUCAGAAAACAUUAUUCUGGCAACAUUUAAUUACAUUAAAAUUGAAACGAAGAUAGGAAGACAUGCCUGGAGGGGGCUUUAAAGCAGACAUAGCUUUAAAGCAAACACAGCUUUAAGACUUCCAUGGUGGCGCAGUGGUUAAGAAUCCGCCUGCCAAUGCAGGGAACACGGGUUCGAGCCCUGGUCGGCGAAGAUCCCACAUGCCGCAGAGCAACUAAGCACAUGUGCCACAAUUACUGAGCCUGUGCUCUAGAGCCCGCAAGCCACAACUAGUGAGCCCGCGUGCCACAACUACUGAAGCCUGAGCACCUAGAGCCCGUGCUCCACAAAAGGAGAAGCCACUGCAAUGAGAAGCCUGCACACCACAACAAAGAGUAGCCCCUGCUCGCCGCAACUAGAGAAAAGCCCACACACAGCAACGAAGACCCAAUGCAGCCAAAAAUAUAAUAAAUAAAUAAAUUUAUUUUAAAAACAACAACUAUAAUUUAAAAAAAAUAGCAAACAUAGCUUUAAAGGUUGAUCCAGGGACAUCAACCCUGUGGGACUCUCUUCUACAGAUCUGUGCAUGCGGGCACAGGGCAUGGACAAAAGGGUGUUCACAGCAGCCUUGGCAGGCAGCCAUCGAGAGAGGACUGGUUAAAUAAUCACAGCACAUCCAUGCUACCGAGUAUUAUGCAACUGUUAAAAAGAAGGCGGCAAUGCCAUGGUAGGGGAUGAUGUGUAAGACAUUAGAUAGAAAAGCAGAAUGUGUAACAAUGCAUAGCAUGCUAUAAAACUAUGGUAUUUUCAAAUAACAG